AUGGGGAGGCAUUCUUUCCCCGUCCUGAACCAACAGUUUCUUGUAGAUGAAAAAUAUCAGUUUAUUCGGGAGCUUGGACAGGGAGCGUACGGAGUUGUGUGUGCAGCACGCAAUAUACUGACCGGAGAAGGAGUAGCAAUCAAGAAAGUGACCAAUGUGUUUAACAAAACUAUUCUUACGAAACGCGCUUUGCGUGAAGUAAAGUUGUUACAACACUUUAGAGGACACAAAAAUAUCUUAAGCGGAUUAAAAUACAUCCAUUCGGCAAAUGUUUUGCAUAGAGAUUUGAAACCUGGUCAGUUAAAUCAACGAAAGAGAGCGUGCAUUGACGCCGGAAGAAAUCUCCUUGUAAAUGCUGAUUGUGAGCUCAAGAUCUGUGAUUUUGGACUUGCUCGGGGGUUCUCAGAAGAUCCUGCGGCAAAUUCCGGUUUUAUGACUGAAUACGUUGCCACUAGAUGGUAUAGGGCUCCUGAGAUCAUGCUCAGCUUUCAGAGUUAUACAAAGGCCAUUGACUUAUGGUCCGUGGGGUGUAUUUUGGCAGAAUUGUUGGGCGGCAGACCUUUAUUUAAAGGCAGAGAUUAUGUUGAUCAGUUGAACCAAAUCCUUCAAACUUUGGGAACUCCUAGUGACGCCACUUUAACAAGAAUAGGAAGUCCAAGGGCACAAGAAUACAUUCGUAACUUGCCUUACAUGCAUAAGAAAACUUUUCAACAAUUGUUUCCGGGCGCCAAUCACCUAGCGCUCGAUUUACUAGAGCGACUUUUAACUUUUGAUCCCGCUCAGCGUAUAACAGUCGAAGAAGCAUUGGAACAUCCGUACUUGGCAGUUUGGCACGAUCCCAAUGAUGAGCCUACCUGUUCCGAACCAUUCGAUUUUUCUUUUGAAUCUGUAGAUGAUCCCGAUCAAAUGAGAGUGAUGAUUGCACAAGAAGUUUCAACUUUUCGUGCGUUGGUCCGACGUCAGCAUGUACCGCAACUUAGUGUCGCCACGGGAAGGACAAACACAUCAUCCGGCUUGUCUAAGAUUCCUGAUCGUGACACCAUCCUUAAUUCCCCCACCGUGGUACGUGGUGAUGUAAAUGCACUUGCUGCAGAUCACUAUCAGGCAUCUUCAAUCCACAGAGCUGUCACAAGUGAAGAUUUGGAACGGGAAUUGAGCGGCGCAAUGGAUGUGUCCUAA